AGAAACUUAUUGUUAAUUGACAUUGAGGUAAAGAAGUCUUCACUUGGAAAUAGCUUGCAGAAAGCUCAUGAGGAAAUGGACAGAGAUCUUCAGGAGAAGGCAAGGCGUUUUGAGGAAGAGAAGCAGAGAGACUUGAAGGAUGUAAAUCUCUUGCGAGAUGCAGCCAGAAGAGAAAUGGAGAAUAUGGAAUUGGAAAGAUCCAGGUUAGCGAACGACAGGGAACAGCUUAUUGAAAACAAGAAGCAACUUCAACAACAACAACUUGAAAUGCGAGAAGACAUUGAUAAGCUUGGUGAUCUUAGCAGAAAGCUCAAGGUCUACAGAGAACAGUUUAUUAGAGAGAAAGAGCAGUUCAUGUCUUUUGUUGAGCAACACAAGGGCUGUAGUAACUGUGGGGAAACAACUUUCCAAUUCCAGCUUUCUGAUUUGAGCUCGUUGCAAGAAACAGGUAACUCCAAUGCUGAAAAUGGUAAUUUAGCUUCUGAUGAGAGGCUAGAGGGGGAGAGGCCUGCUACUACUCCCAGCCAAAGUGUAUCUCCAGUAUCUUGGCUACAGAAAUGCACGACGAAGAUAUUCAAGUUGUCUCCACUUAAGCCGGCGCAACUUGACAAAUAUUUGGAUGAGGCUGCUCCAUCUACUGACAAAGUUAAUGUUCUUGAUGAUGAACAAGAGCUGUCUUUCGCAUUUAGAAACGAUUCAUUGGAUGACUUAAGCAACACCAAGAGCAGGUCAUUGGUAUUGCCUGAACUCUCCCAGCCUUCUGAUUUGAAGAAGCAUGAUCAGCGUCAAAAGAGAACAAGAGGUAAAGUGAGUACAACAAGUACUGUGAAGGCCAUUGUUGAAGAUGCCAAGGCGAUUCUUGGGGAGCCUAAUGUGGCUGAAGAUUCUUUGAGGUCUGAAAGCCAUGAGGAAUCUGGUCUUGCUGAUAAAGUUACACAUCAAGGAAUUGGAAGGAAGAGAAACCGAGGACAGGCUUCUCAGACUACUGCUAGUGAACUUGGUGGCAAUGAGAGCGAUGUACAGUCUGAUAGUAUAAUCACUGGCAAGCGCAAGAAGAGUCGGGUAGGAGCUGCACCUGUUGAAACACGAUACAAUCUCAGGCGAUCGAAACGGGAUGCUGUGGUGAAUGUUAAAGCCACUCCAGACUUGAACAAUGAAAAUGAACAAGGAGAAGCCACUGGUGUUGUGCAUGUAGAAAACCGCGAUAUCAUGAUAGUCAAUGCAGGUACAUCAGUAGAAGGAGCUGCUACCGAGCAUGGUGAAAGCAGACCAUAUGUGAAGCAGAGGGAGGAAGCUGCCGAAUGUCUGGAUAGUGAAGCUCAUGAGGAACUGGAUGUAACGAUGAGUGAAGAGGUUAAUGGAAGGAUGGAAAUGGAUCGAGGGAACUCAGUAGAGUAUAGCAGCCAAUCUACAGGAGACGAUGAAGAUGAAGAAGAGUCUGAACAUAAUCCCGGUGAAGCCUCAAUAGGAAAGAAGCUGUGGACUUUCUUCACAACGUGAUGGAUUAGUGCAAGCCCAGUAGUCCUGUUAACGGGUUCUUCAUUGAUCUGAGUAUAUAGUAGUAAGCUGUUAACACCCAAGUUAAUGUAAGGUGGUGUUGUGGAAGGGACAUUACUCUUUUGCCUUUGUUUACCGGAGUUAGAAUUGUAUUCACGGAGUUCAGAGGUUCGUAUCUCCAAGUGGUUUCUGCUGUAAAAUGCAGCCAAAUGUUGUCUUCUUAGGUCGGUUUAAUGCAAUAUUAUUUGUAUUUGAACCGCUUUAUUCAAGAAUUCUGAAAGUUGGGAUUCUUGAGGGGUAGGAAAAGUUAAUCGGGGCUAAUUACCCAAUCCAAAUGUACAGUAGGGCUCGUUUGUGAUUGUUAAAAAUAAGAGGAAUUUUACAAU